ACUCCUCUUAGCAAACGGCACCGUUUCAUGCAACCCUCUAGUUCCGUUCUUCUGUAAACCAAACCAAACCGAUCUAACAACAUCCUUCCUCCCUACACUCGCUUAACCACUGAAUCUCGAAGAAGAAGAAGAAGAAGAGAGAGAGAGAGACACUGCGAUUCAAAAUCCUAACAAUGGCGUUCGAGAUGCCAUUGGAUCAGAUAAAGCACCUCCGAACUCUUCUCCGCAGAGAGGCCAAUCUCUCGUGGUACGAGCCCGAGAAGGAGGAAAAUCUCGCGCUCCCGAAGCUCCCUUCCGUCGCCGAAACCAUCGCGAAGCUCGAUUCCUCGCCGAACUACCUCCGCUGCAAGAAUUGCAAUGGCAGACUCAUCCGCGACUUGCAAUCUUCCGUCUGCGUUUUUUGCGGCACGAAUCCCCAGAACGACCUCCCUCCCGAACCCUUCAAAUUCAAGAGCACCAUUGGAUAUCGGUGGCUGCUCGAGUCGCUUCAACUCGAUGGAUCGGAGAUGGUGGCACCAGUAGUGAAUGAAAAUGAAUGGAACAGGGGGAGGAGUGAAUCGAAAGAUGAGAUUCCCUUAUCUGAACUGCUAGAUUUGGAAAUUAGAUGGCCUUCUGAGGCUGAGAGAGUUCAGACAAGUACUUCGGAUCCGGCCGUGUUUCAGGGGAAGAGUUCAUUGAAUUUGGCUGGAGUUGAUCUUGAUAGUUUUUUUGACCGUAGGGAAUCUGAUUCUGAUAUGUUUGAACAGAACUUGGCUUCUGAAAGACAAGUUGGUGGUGCUUCAGAUAAGAGUUUGCAGGCUAGUGAAAAUCUUAGUUUGUUUCAGAAUGUCCAAGCUUCGGAAGUAGAUGCAGGGUCUGUGGAAAAUCAGAGUGGUAAUUCAUUUUCCAGUUGGGAGGCCAGCUUUACGUCUGCUAGUUCUGGUCCUGUUCAUGAAGUAUCCAAAUCAGUUGAUCAUUCUAAAGUUGAAUUGGAUAUGGCAUCUGGAUUCUCAAAACAUUCUGUUGGUGUAAACAAGAAUGAUGAUUUCAAUCUUUCAGCAUCCACAGAAGACGAUUAUUUUCAGGGUGAUGGAUGGAGUACUUCCAAUUCAGAGGUACAUUGCCAGACUGGGAAAUCAGAAUCAACCAUGGAUAUUAGUGGUACAAAAACAGCAGAAAGUGCUAAUGGUUCAAGUAGAAAUCUUGACUGGAUGCAAGAUGAUCUAUGGCAAGGGAGUGAUAACAAGACAACUGAUACUGUGGCUACUGCUGAAGAUAAAGAUUCAUUUGAUGAAUGGAAUGAUUUUACUGGCUCAGGUAGCACACAAGAUCCUUCUAGUACUAUUUCCAAUUCAAAGACUAAUGCCCAGACUGGAAAUGUUGGAUAUUCUGUUGAUUUUAAUGUUACAAAAACAUUAAAGGAUGCUAAUAGCUCUUCUAACAAGGAUUUUGACUGGAUGCAAGAUCAGUGGCAAGAUAACAAUAACAAGACAACAAAUACCAUCAGUGCUAAUGAAGCUGCUGACUCAUUUGAUGCAUGGAAUGAUUUCACUGGCUCAGCCAAUACACAACAUUCGUACUUUGGUUUAUCCAACUCAGAGAUAACUGGCCAGGCUGGUAAAUGUCAAUUUACCCAGGACCAUAAUGAUAUGAAAACAACUGAAAGUGCUACUGGUUCUUCGAGUAAUUUUGACUGGAUGCAAGAUAACCAAUUGCAGGGGAGCGAUAACAAGGCAACUGGUAUUGCAACUACUAAUGAAGUAGCUGAUGAAUUUGAUGCAUGGAAUGAUUUUACUGGCUCAGCUAUUUCACAAAAUCCUUCCAGUGGUGUUUCCAACUCUGCGAUUACAGCCCAGACUGGGAAGUCAGAAAUUACUGCUGAUCUUAAUGACAUGAAAACAGAAGAGGGUACUAAUGCUUCUUCUCACAUAAGUUUUGACUGGAUGCAAGAUGACCAAUGGCAAGUCAGCAAUAGUAAAACAAAUGAUACCAGGACUACUAAUGAUAUUGAUUCAUUUGAUCUUUGGAAUGACUUUACUAGCUUGGCCAGUACACAAGACCAUUCCAACAAUGUUUUGAAGCAAACAGUAAAUUCUGCAGAAAAGACCUCUGAAACAAAUUUACUCAGUUCGUCAAACAGCUCACAUGAUAAAGAUUUUAGUGGGUUUUCACAGCAUGAUCUAUUUUCAGGACAGUUUGGUAGUUCAUUGAGUUCUUUUCCAGCUACUUCUUCCAACAGGGUGGCUGAAGUGGAUAUCACGAGAGGAAACUCUGGAGAUGUUUCCACUGCAGUAGGGUCAAAAGAUGACGUAGAGAUGUUGAUGUCACAGAUGCAUGAUCUCUCCUUUAUGCUUGAGAAUAAUCUUUCAAUUCCCCCAAAGUAAGAUGGAACUACACUAUUUUCUAGUAACCCAUCCAUUUAUUCUAUAGCCUAUUAUGAUUACUUAUGUAAUCUGUAGCAUAGCCCCCCGUCUAUGUAUUUGUUCUUUGAUGAAUGGAUAGGGAAUAAUAUGGCUUUCAUCUACAGUUGUAAUUUCCACUUUUCCCUUGAUCAUUUAUUUUGGGUGCAAGCAAUUCCCUAAAUUAGUUUUUUUAUUGUAGAUCAAGCAUGUUGCUAUGUCGGUUUUGUAGAAUGCUACUACUGUAUAUUAGCUAGCAGUUUAUGCUGGGGAGAUGAAUAUGAUUAUGAUUUUUUGUAAGGUCC